CUCCUGGGAAGUGCCAGUGCUCUCCCUCCAGCAGCUCCCAGGGCUGGCAGCUUUGGAGCCACCUUAAAAUCCAGGUGGAAGCCUCUGGCAACCAGAGUUGGUAGCAACAGCGCUGGAUCUCCUUAGAGAUCCCUCCUGGGCUUCUCAGUCGCUGCCUGCCCAGCCCGAGCAGAGCCCCUGAGCACAUGGACCUGGGGAUCAUUGCAGAGAAUGAGAGUGUGAGUAUUCUGACAGAGCGCCUCGCUGCCCGAAAAUCCAGCUGUGAAUUUCUGCAGCUCCUCCCCAGCUCCUGGAAGCAGCACUGUGCCAAGGAAAUCCUAACCACGGGGAGAAAUGGCUGCUGCAAAGGCUGGCUGGGAUCUGUCCAGGCUCUGCAGAGCUCCUCCAGCAGCAGGGUGGGCUGGGGCAGGGGGAGAGGAGGGCCCUGCAGCUGCUCUGUGCCUCCAGGGGCAGCUGGAGGACAGGAGCCAGGAGAUGCACCAGCCUGGAGACCCGCGGGAGGAGAUGGGGAAACUGCCUGGCUCCAGGACAGACUUCCCAGCCAGGAUGGUCCUCAGUGAGGAGGAAAAACUGAAGAUUUCCAAAGACCUCGUGGAUCUGCAGAUCGAGACAAACAAAAUGAAGGAGCGUUAUGAGACCGAGAACUUCCAGCUGAAAACGAUGAUGCGGGCUCUGCAGCGGCGGCUGCAGCAGCUGGAGCAGGGGCAGGGCAGCGCCGGGCUCAGCGAGGAGCGGGAUUCCCUGCGGGAGCGCCUGCGCCGCCUGGAGAGCAGCCGGCAGGAGCUGGGCGAGGAGUUCAUCAUCCUCAAGAGCAAUUACCUGGCCCUCGGCAGGGAGCUGGACAAGGAGGUGAUGAGGAAUGAGGAGCUGACCCAGGAGCUGCUCAGCCUGGCCAAAAAGAGCAGCCUCCCCCCUGGCUUGGCCCAUCAAUCCUCCCCAGGGCUGGGAAGAGGGAGAGCAGCAGGACAGCCCCGCUCUGCUCAGAGGGGGAAGCCCGAGGAUGCAGCUGCCCCUGAACACGAGCAGCAGGAGCUGGAAAGAAACUUGCUUGGAAACCAGGAUCACAUAAAAGUGGAGCUGGAAAAACUGAAGAAAACGUAUGCUGAGCAGCAGCAGAAGCUGGAGGAGCGAGUGCUGGCGCUGGGGAAGGAGCUGCAGGAGGAGAAGGGAGCGACGGGGCCCGGCGGGCAGGGGCAGGCAGAGCGAGCAGCGGUGCUGCUCACGUCCCAGGGCCAGCUCCAGGAGGUGGAGGCGGAGAACUCCCGGCUGCAGCUGCAGCUGAAGGAGCUGAACGAGGAAUAUCGCUGCCGGCUGGCGCAGCACGCCCGGGACCUGGCAAACUACAUGGACAGCAAACCCAGCAGCGUGACAGGACACAGCAAAGCCCCAGCUGGCCACGCUGCCAUGAAGAACUUUGUGGACAGGAUGCUCAGGGACAUCCGGGCUUCCUACAAGUGCCGGGAAGAGCAGCUGGCUCGGGCAGCCCGGGGCUACAGGAAACGCAUGAAGGACUUGGCCAAGAAGCACGAGAACCUGCUGAUUGCCUACGGGCUGCAGCGGGAGCAGAUGCGGUCCCUGGGCUGCAGUGCCAUGGACUGUGGCCCUGCCGAGCUCCACUUGUCCAUCCCAGAGCCUGAGCUGCUGCCAGGCAGCUCCCGGGAGCUGGCCCGGCUGCGGGAGCAGAAGGCAAAGCUGGAGAUGCAGCUGCAGAAAAGCCUGAAAGGAGCCUCUGCCUUCCCAGCGCCUCCGGAGCAGCAGCUGGAUGAGGAGGGCUGGGCAGAGCUCAGGAGGAGGCUCCGGGAAUUCACACUCAACACCCAGGAGCACCUGGAGCAGCAGAGAAGCCAGCUGCUGGCUCGGGCUGUGGGGGCAGAGGAGCAGGUGUUGGAGCUGCAGGGGUACAUCGACCAGCACCUUGCCAGGUACAAGCAGGAGAUCCUGCGGCUGAGGAACGCUGGGGGCAGCGAGGUGCCCGCAGUGCCCCGUGCCAGCCACGAGCCAGCGCAGCCCCAGCCUUGGGAGGAGUAAACGAGACCAGACCACGGCGUCUGUCUGUGCCCGCCAGGCUGCAGGAAUUCUCUCUUCCCUGAGCACCCCUCGGACACGGGGCAGGGAUCCCAGGCAGCUCUUCACUGCUGGGCUGCAGGGACAGGUUCCUGCUCCUGCUGGAACAUUUUUUCCUGGAUGAGACCUGGAGCUGGACCAAGGGCUGCUCCUGCCUCGCUCCCCUCACCCCUGAGACACAGCCAAGGCUGGCUCAGACCAGGAUUUGUUUGGGCUUGGACAAAGGGAUGAGCUGCUCUUUUACUGGGAGGGUGGUGAAAGGCUGCCCAGAGCAGCCCUGGAUCCCUGGCAGUGCCCAAGGCCAGGCUGGGCAGGGCUUGGAGCAGCCUGGGACAGUGGAAGGUGUCCCUGCCAUGGCAGGGAUGAAACAAGAGCAGCUUCAAGGUCCCUUCCAACCCAACCCAUUCUAUGGUUCUGUGAUUCUGGGGUGGGAAAACGGGAAAACCCCAUUUUCCUCUGGGUUUGAGUGGA